AUGUACAAGACUUGGUUGUUCAACAACAAGAAAAAGAAGGAAAGGAAGGACAUGAUCAAGUAUGGGAGGAAAUGGACGCCCAGGAUGGUGGUCUACCAGCAGAAACGCGAAGAGGUGCUGAAGAGGAUUGAGGAUGAGUCCGGGGCGAAGCCAGGAGAUCCUGGUAUGUUCAAGCAUUAUCAGGCGACCGUGAAGAGAGUCAUGGCUGAAUUGGACGACGACGAGUUGGAGAAGGCGAAGGAAACCGCGAAAGAGUGGUCCAACAACUGUCCGCCUCCGGAGAUACAAGCACAAGUUGCUCGCAAGAAGGGACCGGCGUAUAUGGAGCACUUUUCAAGCGAGAUGUGGAGGCAAUGCGGGAUGAGAGUGUUUGUGAUGUCAGCUUGGAAGAAUGACAAGGGAGAGGUGCUGUUCGGGAUGCAAGUGAAUUUUACCCAUCUUCCCGGAUCUUUGAUCUCAACGCAAUCAUGCAGGCACGAUGAUAACGAGGCAUUAGGAGACGGGGACAGCUUCAUGAAGACGAAGGACUGGGAGAACAUCGAGCCAGUUUGGCAGGAGUAUGCGCAGGAACAGUUCGGUGCCGGGGCACGGGAUGUAGGAAGACAAGUCAAGGGAGGUCACAAAAGAAUCCGAAAGCCAGCUUUCGAACUCGACACGGACGAUGAUGGGAAGCCAUUGCUUCUGGACAUCACGGACACGAAGCUGGAGGAGAAGAAAGCCAUUGUGAGGGCAUUUCUCACAUCUCACUAUCGGAUAUGUUCGGGGAAGGACAAGGCUGUUGUGCCAUGGACGGAUGUUGACUUGAAGGAGCCUUCGAAGCUGCAAAAUUGGGACACCACAGCCUUGCUCAAUUUCUGGCACGCCCGGCAGGAAAACGACGAAGGUCCCGCAUUUCUAUUCAAAGCAUGGAAGAACAAAGAUGGGGACAUGGUACCAUCUGUCUUAUCCAGCAAGUCGCCCUCUCCUCAGACCCGUGUAGUGAGAAAGCAGCAUCGGGUCACAAUCCGAAGGCCUCGUGAUUCGUCAACUGAACUGUUGAGUGAUGGCGAGAGAAUAGCUCAUCCUACGGAGGAUGAUGUGGAUGAUGACUCGGCUGAUGGGAGAUCCCCGCAAAAGAAACCCAGAUAUUCCUGGGGUCCAGCCACCAAAGGGACGGAGGUCCAAACGUCAAUUCCAAAGCCUCGCAAGGCCAAGCCAGCCACAUCAGGUGCACUCCUGACAUCUCAAAUGGGCGAUCUCCUGGCCGGGUUAACUGCUGAAACCACAGGAGAUGGUACGGAGGAGGUGGAGAUGGAGAUGGAGAUGGACAGGGGGAAGACAUCGCCUGCACCAAAGAGGAAGCGGGGCAAGAAAGCCGUGGUGGAACCAUCAGCGAGGACCACGCGGAGUAAGUCGCAAAUGCCAGUCGACAGUACACCUAGAGUGACCAGAGCACGGAGACGUAGGUAA